AGCCAGAAGUGAUGAAGUUGCAAGAUGACGAGUACAUGAAGUGCCAUGACUACUCCGUCCUGGCCUGUUCUUUGGAGACUCCUGGCGUGCCUGGCGAUGGCGCCCUCGGCUAUCUCCUUUGGGUCUACUUCGAGGGUCGGCAUUUGGAGCGCUUGCGGAUGGCGCUGAAGACGAUUGGCCUGAAUCUGGAUGAAGGCAUCAUUGAAAGAGUGGACUCAAAGACCAGUUCACUCUUUGAACAAGAGUUGUUCCUCAGCAAAGAGCCCAUCUUUCGCUGGGACGAAGCUGUCCACAGCCCCUCCGAGGAGAUCCGCUUCAAGGACUACAGCUUUCAUCCCUGGGCUGACAGCGGCAGAGAAAAAACUGGUCGCAAUAUGUCGCUGACAGCAGCUGGGAGUUGUUGUUUUUCAGGAUCUCUUUGCGGGUGGAACCCCACACAAUGCCAGAGAACUGUGGGUAUAACAUGGUAUAACAGAUUACACACACGAGGGUGGCGACUUUGGUCGCACUUGGCCUGA